UCUUCCGUUGAGACUUAGAACCCAAAAACCCUUUAAAGAAUAUUGACAAAAAGAAGAAAAAAUGUCGAGCAGCUCGGUGAACUUGGAAGAAAUACCUUCCGAAUCAUUGAUGAAUGAGCUUCUCCGCCGUAUGAAGUGCGCCUCCAAACCCGAGAACUGCCUCAUCCUCAUUGGUCCACCUGGAUCAGGGAAAGGCACUCAAUCACUGGUGAUUAAGGAUGAGUACUGCUUGUGUCACUUGGCCACUGGCGAUAUGCUUAGAGCUGCCGUUUCUGCUAAAACCCCACUUGGAAUCAAGGCCAAGGAAGCCGUGGAUAAGGGAGAACUUGUUUCUGAUGACCUGGUUGUUGGCAUUAUUGAUGAAGCGAUGAAGAAACCUUCAUGUCAUAAAGGUUUCAUUCCCGACGGAUUUCCCCGGACCGUAGUCCAAGCACAGAAGCUUGAUGAAAUGCUUGAUAGGCAGGGAGUUAAAAUAGAUAAGGUGCUUUAUUUCGAAAUCGAUGAUUCGAUCUUGGAGGAGAGGAUUACUGGUCGCUGGAUCCACCCUGCUAGUGGUAGAUCCUACCAUACGGAAUUUGCACCUCCUAAAAUUCCUGGUGUAGAUGAUGUGACCGGGGAAUCUUUGAUUCAACGUAAGGAUGAUACUGCAGCUGUGCUCAGGUCAAGACUCGAGGCAUUUCACAAGCAAACCGAGUCAGUUAUCAAUUAUUAUUCCAAGAAGGGGCUAGUUACUAAGCUUAAUGCGGAGAAGUCUCCAAAAGAUGUUACGGACGAUAUUCGGAAGGUACUUUCAUGAUGAAAUUGCAUUUAGGCAUGAAGAUCAGAAGGUGCUUUACUCAUGAAUGUUGCUUCUCUUAACCUA